CCCAGAUCUUCUACACAAUGAACAAGAUCCAGUCCAGUGCCAUCGCCCUAAUGUCAGUAGACUCGGUACUCAGUAGUGAAGUAGAGGUUUUACACUCUUGCUUCCAGUUUUUUAGUUCUGCAACCAUGGCGGGAAGAGCAGGUACCUUCUCACUCUCAGGUUCCUUGGAUUCUCAGAUAGAAGGGUUGGACGGUGAAAGCUUGAUCACCAGCUUGCAAUCUCAGCUGAAAUCUCUACAAGACAGAGUAAAGGAAUUAGAGAUAGAGAACGCAAGGCUAUCAUCUCAGAUUUCAAAUUGUCGUUGUUAUAAGAUCGAGGGCAACUCUGAUUGUUCUGUUGUAUCUAGAGGUAAUUCAGUUGAGGAGAGUGCGAAAUUACAAGCCGGAAGUGAUGUAGAGGGACCGAUUUCGAUUCAAGGAGGUAGCAGUGAUGAAAGAAGUGAGAAUGCAGGACAUAUGGAAGCAACUAAAUCCAUUAAUGGAACUAAGAAGAAGUCAAGAGAGAAGACUGAAGGUUGUAACAUGAAGACUCUGCAUCACUGUGCCAAGAGAUAUGUCGCUCUAAAAAUCAUGUAUUUUGGGCAGAGGUUUUAUGGUUUUGCUUCAGAAGCACAAAUGGAUCCAACUGUUGAGUCUGAAAUUUUUAAGGCACUGAAGCAGACAAAGCUUUUAGUUGGUGACAAAGAGGACUUACAGUACUCAAGAUGUGGUAGGACAGAUAAGGGAGUCUCUUCUGUGGGGCAGGUGAUUUCUUUAUUCUUACGAUCAAAUCUUAAGAAUAUUGGAAUGCAUGUGAAUAAUGAGGAAAAUGCUCCAAGUGAUAUAUGUGAAGAAGAAAUCGAUUACGUGAGGGUGCUAAAUAGAGUCCUUCCUAAAGAUAUCCGAGUCAUAGGCUGGUGUCCUGCUCCUACUGAUUUUCAUGCAAGAUUCAGUUGUAUAAGCAGGGAGUACAAGUAUCAUUUCUGGAGGGGGAAUCUAGAUUUAUCAGCAAUGGAGAUGGCUGGUAAGAAAUUUAUAGGGGAACAUGACUUCAGGAACUUUUGUAAGAUGGAUGCAGUGAAUGUUCACAAUUAUAGACGUCGUGUCACAUCAUUUGAUAUUUCUACUUGCAAUGAAAGGUCUGAAAGUGAUCAAAUAUGGGAAAUAAUAAUCAAGGGUAGUGCUUUUCUAUGGCACCAGGUCCGAUGCAUGGUUGCUGUGCUAUUUAUGGUUGGUCAAGGUCUUGAAUCCCCAAAUGUGAUAGAUAUAUUACUUGAUACUACCAUGACUCCCAGAAAACCUCAGUAUGCCAUGGCACCUGAGCUUCCGUUGGUUUUUCAUUCAUGUGAAUUUGAAGGUCUCAACUUUAUUUGUUCUCCAGAUGCAAUGAAAGCUUUGCGUGAGCAUUUGAAGAAUGAAUACCAAACUUACAGGCUGAAAGCUGCCAUCUUUCAUGAGGCUCUUCUGAUCUGUUUGUCUGCAACUAAUGUUUCAGAUGGGAGUCCCUUGAAUUAUACCAAGAAAAAGAAGGCAGUCCAUGUUCCUCUCACAUCACGACCAACUGAGCAUAGUUUCUUUGUGCCACCAUCUCUUGGAUGGGCCAUAAUGUCAAAAUAUACAAUCCUAGUGUUCUUAAUUGUCCUUACAAAGUUACAAUAGUUAGAAUUUGGACAUUGAUUGGAAUUCAGUGCAAGUUCGUAGGGAGAAAAGCUAUAAAUUGAAUAUUGUCAUCUUUUUUUUUGAAAACUCCCCAUCCACAGUGGAGCCAAUUAAGUGAAUAGUGUAGAUUGAUGGGUUGGUACUUGGUAGGCCACUUGUGCAGUCUAUGGUGCCAGUGUGUGUACUCCUUUUCCCCUACUUAUAUUAUUUAUGGUUUCUAAAGAUUUUUAUUUUGCCAAUUGGAGCUCUGUCCUGGGUGU